AACAGAAUAAAUACGUGUCUUAUGAAAUUUAUUCAAGUUUUAUUUUAAUGAAAAAAUUAUAUGCAAUAUUAUUACAAUGUUUUUAAUAAAACUUUACGAGUUUAGUUUAGUGUUAUCUUGUUUGAUUUUAUAUACAAAAGCAGAUACAAAUACAAAAAAACACAGAGAUAUGAUAGACAAGUUACUUAUGUCCUCGGGAUGGACAAAUUUAAACGAUUUGUACUGUAUAAAUUAUUACGAAAAAUUGUACUACCUUCGAAAUCUAAUGGAAACACCUACACAAUUUAAUAAAAGUGAUCAAAAAAUACGAGCUUUGACUAUAUAUAUUGGAUGUACAUACGCAAAAAUGUUAAAUAAUCUUUUAUUAGCUAUUUGCAGCGUUAUACAAAAUUGUAAAGUAAAAAUUAAAGAAAAAAACGACAUAAUUAAUGUAUGCAUUUUUACAGAAGAUCUCUUAAAUAUAAUAACUGUACUAAUUGUUCCAAUGGCAAAAUUGAUGAAAGGAGCGAUGGAUGCUUUGGAUAUUUUACAUAUAAGACCGUGGAUGUCUGGUAGAAAAACUAAAUACAUUUUAAGUGAUUCAUUAGAGAAAAUGGAAGAUAUUUUUGAGACAUUAAAAGAACAAACUCUAUCACGUGAUGAUAUAAAUACAUACAAUUUGACAUUAAAUACUAUAGAUUCAUUUUUUAAUGGUAUAAUAAUGGAUAUAAAUAAUGAAACUACAUUUUAUUGUAGAUUUAAACCUUUUGACGAGAAUCAUUUAUCGGGUGAAUGGCUUCAAGAAUAUGAAGCUAUUCAUUUCAAAGACUCAAAAUUAGUAUAUUUCAAAUUCCUAAUCAGGAAAAUUCAGGAUUAUAUCAAAACAGUAGUUAUAGAAAAAUAUUUUCAACUCGGAUUUAAAUUUGAUCCAAUCACCGAAGAAACGGUUGUUCCAACACCGAAUGAGCUAUUUGAACUAGAAUUGGAAUUUAAAGUAAUAGAUAAAGAGCCUUCAACGCUGAUACAAAUAGAAAAUCAUUAAAAAUAAUAACAUUAUUAUAAUCUAGCAUUAAUGUUUUAUAAUUAACCACAAUAUACAUAAUUAUUUUGAAAUCUUUAAAUGAUUAUUAAAACAUAAUUUUUUAAUUUAUAGAUGUUAAUUAUAAUUUAACAUGUGGUUUAUCAUAUACUUUUAUCUUAUUAUUUACAAAUGUAAAACUGAAUAUAUAUGUGUCUUUUGAUAUUUCGUUGAAUUAUAUUUUUAUCAGAUAGUGUUAUUCCUAUAAAAACAUUAUCAAGUAAUAACUUUUGAAUGCUAUUUUAAUUAUAUAAUUUUUUUUCUUAAUAGCAUAAUGAAAGGUUAAGAGUAUAAUUGAGGGGCUCUCCCUCUCUCUUAGCUAGUAAUGAAGAUAUCACAAGUAUGGGAGGUUAAGAGUAAAUCUAUAUGUAGGAAAACACUACCAUAUAAGAAGGGGGCAAAUACUAUGAAAAAAAAAUUAGUUUAUUAGAAAUUAAUUAUUAAAUUGUAAUUAAUAAAAAAUUAUUAGAUAGAAAUGAUUAAUUGUGACAGGAAUGGGUUAGUAUAGGAGGAUAUAUGUUUUGUGAUU